AUGCUGACCCAAGUCGUCGCCCACCGUUUGCAGUAUGUGAGUGCGCUGAUCCUCGUUCGAGCAAGAGCCAUGCUGAUCCAAGUCGUCGCCCAAUGUUCGCAGGAUGUGAGCAUGCCGAUCUUCGUUCGAGCAAGAGCCGUGCUGAUCCAAGUCGUAGCACAACGUUUGCAGGAUGAUGUGAGCAUGCCGAUCUUUGUUCGAGCAAGAGCCAUGCUGAUCCAAGUCGUCACCCAACGUUCGCAGGAUCCCAACGUUCGCAGUAUCCCAAUGUUCAUAGAACUGUGUCGAUCCUCCAUCGAGCUCAAGCCAUACUGA